GCUUUAAUGCCUGAUGAAACGAUUGAGUCUUUCCGUUGGGUUAUCGGACAAUUAAAAAAAGCAACUGGAGUUUCUCCAAGAGUUUUAAUGACAGAUGAAGAUCUUGCUAUGAAAUAUGUGGCAGCUUAUGAUCUUUCAAACACAAAGCAUUUGUUUUGUUUAUAUCAUUUAAGUCAGAACAUUUUAAAAAAUCUUCGAAGUAAACUCGUAAUGGAAGCAAUACAACAACAUAUUGAGCAUGAAAAUUUUAAUGAACAGUUCAAUUUAUGGUCUCAGGAACGAAUUAAUUAUAAUGAUAAUAUUGUUUUACGUUUUGUUUUUUCAGAAAUCAUCCAACAAAUCAAUAAAUAUUUAACUCCAAAUCUAGCAACUGAGCAACAAAAACAGAUAGUUCAAUCAACGAUAUACCGUGCUCAGAUAUUCAAUUUGUGGGACUCUGAUAAUUCGUUAAACUUACAAGAAAUUACAUACGAUAAUGAUUUUAUUGAGAACAUUUAUGACAUUUCACAAUUAUAUUUAUUGGCUCUGAUUAAAGAAAAUGAAUAUUCUUCCGUUAAAGAAGUUUGGAAAACCAUGUGUUUAACUUCAGCUAAAUCUAUUCACUAUGUAAUACUGUAUGAAAAUGGUCGUUAUAUAUGUACUUGCCUUUUAUUAAUUAGUCAUGGACUUGUGUGUCAGCACUUUUUUUGUAUGUUACUUGAAUCGGACUUUGCGAGAUUUCAUAUAAUGUUGCUACCAAUUCGAUGGUGUAAGGAUAAUGUGACUGAAUCGGAACGUGCACAAGAGCCAUUUCUAACAUCAAGUCGAAAUACUGAAUUAACACCGAUUAUACAUCAAUUAAGUAAUGUGAUGAGCAUAAACUUACUUAGAAUUAAUGAUAUUCAGGAAAAUAACCUUCAAAAAUCAAUAAAUAAAAAGUAUCAGUAUAACAAAUCAAUGAGCCUCGCAAAGAAAGCUAUUACAUUACAGGGUGAAAGUGAAAAUGACAAUGAAUUAGAUACUAUCUUGAAAAAUUAUAUUGAAAAGAAGAUACUUCAGCAUGAAAAAGAAACUAAAGAAAGGGAACAGAGAGUUCUUAGAGAAAAUUACAAUUUAGGGAAUGUUUUAGCUGUAAAGACAGAUAACGAACAAAUAAUUUCUAUCGAUGAUGUUGCUAAUCUUUUACGUCAUGUUGGAAAAGGGGCUUCAUGCAAGAAUCAUAUUAAGGGUGUACAAGAAGAAUAUUAA